GCAGGGGCGGGAGGCCGGCUCCGGAGGCCGGCUCGGGAGGCCGAGCGCGCGGCCGGCCUCGCAGGUUGGGAUCUGAGCUCCGGCUUCCGGAAGGCGCCGGAGUCCGAUCAAUCCAGCCCGGAGAGCGGAGGAACCCGCCGCCCAGCACAGCUGCCGGCCCCAGGCUUUCCGAGCCCGUCCCCGCCAGGGCGCAGCGCCGCCGCUUCCUCCGCCGCGCGCCGGAGCCGGGAGCCGCCGGGAGCGCAGGGCCGGCCGCCGCGCCGGGGCCGCGGGAAGCCGAUGAGCAGCGGCGGCGGCGGCGGUGGCGGCUGAGGACCCGCGGGCCGGCCUCUGCCUGCCCCUGGCUGCCCCGGCGCCCGAGGGGGCCGCAGGCGGCCGGCGGCCCGGGGCGCGGGGUCGGAUUCGGGGGCGGUGGAAUGGGGACGGCCUGACGCCGCGGGAGCCAGGGGAAGCGCACAGGACGCACGGAGAGCGCCCCGCUCGACCCGCGGCGGGCGGGCGGGCUGCGGCUGCGGGCUCCGGGGGGCGCGGGGACGGCGGCGGCUCCCCGGCCUGCGGCGCGCUCUAUGCGCCGCGCUCGGCUCCGCGGGCCCGGGCCAUGGCCAUAGACCGGCGGCGCGAAGCGGCGGGCGGCGGGCCGGGGCGGCUCCAGCCCCCGGCCGCGGAAAACGGCGCCCUACCGCCCGGAGACGCGGCCGCCUCGGCGCCCCUGGGGGCUCGCGCGGGCCCCAGCGGGGACGCGGACGGGGAGAUCCAGUCGCUGCCGCCCCUGCCCCCUCCGCCAGCCUCCACCUCGCACCCAGGCUGCUGCUCCUCGGAGGCGGCGCCGAGCCUCCUGCUGCUGGACUACGACGGCUCGGUGCUGCCCUUCCUCGGUGGCCUGGGCGGGGGCUUCCAGAGGACCCUCGUGCUGCUCACCUGGAUCCCGGCGCUGUUCAUCGGCUUCAGCCAGUUCUCGGACUCCUUCCUGCUGGAUCAGCCGAACUUCUGGUGCCGCGGCGUCGGCCAAGGGGCCGAGUCCGCGGGGGUCACCGCCUCGGGCCACUGGGGCGCCCGCGACUUGGCGAACUGGACCAGCCCACCGACCGCCCCCUUCUCCACUGCCGCCUGGGGGACCGCGGGCCACGGAAGCAACAGCAACGGCUCCGACGGGAGCGACACGCCGCCCUUGCCUUCCCCUCCGGACAAGGGGGUCAACGCCUCCCACUGCGAUUGCCACGCUUGGGACUAUGGUAUCCGCACCGGCCUCGUCCAGAACGUGGUCAGCAAGUGGGAUCUUGUGUGUGAUAAUGCCUGGAAGGUCCAUAUCGCUAAGUUCUCCUUACUGGUUGGAUUAAUCUUUGGCUACCUAAUAACUGGAUGCAUUGCUGACUGGGUCGGCCGGCGCCCUGUGCUUCUGUUUUCCAUCAUCUUCAUUCUCAUUUUCGGACUGACCGUGGCACUGUCAGUGAACGUGACGAUGUUCAGCACACUCAGGUUCUUUGAAGGAUUUUGCCUGGCUGGAAUAAUUCUCACCUUGUAUGCAUUACGGAUAGAACUGUGUCCCCCCGGCCGGCGCUUCAUGAUCACCAUGGUGGCGAGCUUCGUGGCCAUGGCGGGACAGUUCCUCAUGCCCGGGCUGGCCGCCCUGUGCCGCGACUGGCAGGUCCUGCAGGCCCUCAUCAUCUGCCCCUUCCUGCUCAUGCUGCUCUACUGGUCGAUAUUCCCGGAAUCCCUCCGGUGGUUAAUGGCUACCCAGCAGUUUGAGUCUGCAAAGAAGCUGAUCCUGCACUUCACGCAGAAAAACUGCAUGAACCCCGAGAGUGACAUCAAAGGAGUGAUGCCUGAACUGGAGAAGGAACUUUCCAGAAGGCCCAAGAAGGUCUGCAUCGUGAAGGUGGUGGGGACCAGGAACCUGUGGAAAAACAUCGUGGUCCUGUGUGUGAACUCGCUGACGGGCUUCGGCAUCCACCACUGCUUCGCCAGGAGCAUGAUGGGCCACGAGGUGAAGGUGCCGCUCCUGGAGAACUUCUACGCCGACUACUACACCACGGCCGGCAUCGCCCUGGCCUCCUGCCUGGCCAUGUGCGUGGUGGUCAGGUUCCUGGGCCGCAGGGGCGGGCUGCUGCUCUUCAUGAUCCUCACCGCGCUGGCCUCGCUGCUGCAGCUCGGGCUGCUCAACCUGAUUGGAAAAUACAGCCAGCAUCCAGACUCAGGUAUGAGUGACAGCGUCAAGGACAAAUUCUCCAUCACGUUUUCCAUCGUGGGCAUGUUCGCCUCACACGCCGUGGGAAGCCUCAGCGUUUUCUUCUGCGCAGAAAUCACCCCGACUGUGAUAAGGUGCGGCGGGCUGGGACUGGUGCUGGCCAGCGCGGGCUUCGGCAUGCUCACGGCGCCCAUCAUCGAGCUGCACAACCAGAAGGGCUACUUCCUGCACCACAUCAUCUUCGCCUGCUGCACGCUCAUCUGCAUCAUCUGCAUCCUCCUGCUGCCCGAGAGCCGCAACCAGAACCUGCCCGAGAACCUCUCCAACGGCGAGCACUACACGCGGCAGCCCCUGCUGCCGCACAAGAAGGGCGAGCAGCCCCUGCUGCUGACCAACGCCGAGCUCAAGGACUACUCGGGCCUGCACGACGUGCCGGCGGCCGCGGACCGGCUGCCGGACAACGCCACGGUCAACGGCAUGAAGUCCAUGUAGCCGCGGCCAGGUGGGGCGGCGCCCAGGUGUGCAGGCGCGUGAGCAGCCACCUGCCGCCUGGUGGGGAAAGCGGUGUCUGUCACAAAGCCGAAGGCGCGUGUGUUUGCAGGAGGGAGACUCGAUGUUAAUAACCCUUCAGAGACUUUCUUUUCUGCCAUGAAAUGUUUGUAUUUAUUUUGGUCAUUUUUACAAGAAGCACUUUAACUCCCUUUCCUCUCAGUGAGCCCAAAAUGAAACCACCUCCUUCGAAAGAGAAGCCCGGCCAUUCCAAGGAAGACACUUCAGUGAUGAACUCAGUGGCUACUUCUCUUCUCUGGAGGGCAAACACACUACUAACCACCGCCACCCCCACUCGGGACUGCCAAAUGGUUUACUGGGGGGCCCCCAACCCCAAAGGCUGCCUGCCCGCCCACCCAAAGUCAGAGACAUAGAACACCACAGUGAACCAUUUCCAGGACUGCAGACAGACAGAGUGAAAUGUAAAUUAAUCAGGUUUUUGCUAGAGUCUGUGUAUUUUUUUUCUUUCUUUCUUUUUUGUCCUUUUUUUCCUGUCUGUAAGGUAAAUGCUUCUGUUCCAUGUGUUUGGGGGAAAGCAGUUCACAGAUACCAUUAAAACCAGCUUAGUCUUUCCUUCAGGGCCAACCUUUUGUACUGAAUGCUGGAUGCUCUUUGGGGGAAAGCGUGAGCAUUUCAUGGAAAAUGUGAAAUGAUCGGUGGUUGCUGUGCCACCGUUUCCGGACACCAGGUCUUCGUACUUAAGUACACGAUGAGCAAGCAAGUGUGCUGAGAUCUGCAACACUUUCCUUUUUAUUCAUCCAGAUUUAGCUCCAGCAGGAAUCUCUCCUCUUUCACAGCCAGAUUUUUUUUUUUCUUUUUUUUUUUUUGGCCGGCACUACUUGAAAACCUGGCUACUUUCUGAACUAAAAAUAAUAGGACAAACUCACUAAAAUAGACUAAAUCCACAGGAGAGAGCAAGCUGCUCUCCCAAACCAUCACCUGUUACCCACACCUAGAGCACACACCUCGUAGGAAAUCACCAGCUUGGAUGACCGUCAACUCUCACUGACUUCACGCCCAAAGACUGGAAAACCUGCGGGAAAUUUUCCUCAAGAGCCGCUGUUCUUCCUCACACCUUCCUUUGGUGUCCCCCCCUUCCACCACCUGCUUCUCAUCACUUCCAUUGGCUCAGAGGGGGGCACCCAGGGCAAGGAGAGAGAUUUCUCACAGGUGAGUCCACCUUCCACCCAGCCUCUUACAAGCAUCAAGAGAAGUUCAGAGAAAGCAAUAAUUAACCAAAGGUCAAUACCCAUCCGGCUCCACUAUCCAAGGGUUGUGAUUCUGUUCUGUGUUUUGUCCUAGCAGUGGUUUCCCCUGGCCUUUUCGGGUCGAGCUCUUCCACCUGUCCACAGGGGUGGCUCAGAGGAGACUUGGAGGCUUCCUCAAGGACACCAAGGUGGCCCCAGAGGUCGGCUCCUCUGAGAAACAAGCCUUAUUGGCUCAGGUAGAUGCCGCUUUGUAGCAACAGUCACUGGCCUUUUCCUGAUGGCCAUGGGAUCUUCCUACAAUUCCGAGGGCGUUCUGAGCAAGAGGCUCCUGCUGGCCGCCUUUCUCUCCUUGGUGCACAGCUUUGCCGUGGGCCACGUCCUUCCAGGGAAGCCUUGGUCCAGGGCCUGUGUUCAGCAAUUAGAUGACUUCCAACUAACGGUAGCUGGAAUCCAGACAGCCAGGAAAGAGGUUCACUCAACCUGCCCUUUUCUCCCUCUCCACCUUCUCACCUGGUCUGCCGCUUGCUUCUUCCACCCACUUUUCCCCUUCAAAAAUGGUACAAUGUCAUUGACUCGAUAAAGAGGUUGCAAGGGAGGCAGACAGCCCCGAGACACAGUCUCAUCCACCAAUGCCUGGAGCUGCAAGAGCCUUGCUCAGGAACCAAGUACUUGGGAAUGGGGCUCCAAUGACCAUUCAGCUCGACCGACUCCAAGCCCAGCUCCCCUCAUCUGCAUUGAUCUCUUUCUUUGAGUCGCUGCUGUUCCAUGUUUCCAUGUUAGCCCACAUUCACCUUUACAAAGGCCUUUUUUUAGAUGUGUGCAGCCUUCGCGUGCCAAACUCGUGAAAUGCCUUCUGCCUUUUUUUUUUUUUUUAAGAGUCCUUGCUGCAGAGCCACCGGCAGCAAACGCCGUUCAGGACAGUGUUUGGCAUAGACGGCAGCCAGGCCAUUUGGCAAGGUGGGAAGGCGGGGGAGCCCUGCGUGUCCCAGGACACCUCGCAAUCCGUUUACUGUGCCGUGGAGAGACUUUUCAAACAGGAACUGUGAGCAUCUUUACCUGGGGAUAGCUCAGGUAGCGCUUUGUUGAGAAAUAUGUCGAAGCUAUAGAGUGCUGGCAGUAACUUCUAAGAAGGUGGUGGCAAGGUACGGCACUCAAACUUCUGUUCCAGGGUCUCUGACCUCCAUCUCAAAUGACAAUAAAAACACAGGCCCGACAAGGACGAUACUGUCUGUCUCAGUAGUCAGGACUGAUUCAGCAGAUGUCUGGCAGAGAAGCCAGUUCUGAGGGCUGGGCUCUCGGAGCAGAGGAGAGGGCUGUUUCCAUAACCAAAGUCUAGCGGGUGUUAGUGAGCUGAGACUGACUUGCCAGUGACCCCUGCACGUGGCAUCUGCAGCUUUUCUGUCUGUGAACAGCAAGGACGAGGCUGAGCUCCAUCUCUGCUGGCUGUUUCAGCUUAGGGGAAUCUGAAGCUCUUAAGGAACAUUUUAAAUCAAUGUAGCCGAAGCAGAAAAGCUCCUCCAUGGGGAGACCCCUUGAGUCUGGCAACAAGACAGCCAGGCAUGCUGCCCAAACACACAUUUGGUCUUGCCCUACUUUGUGGGAAGGGGCUGGGCCGCCAUCCCCCACCUCCAGUCUGUCCUGCUAGAAAACCUUCUGUCCUGUUUCCUCAGCGGUCCUUAGGGAAAACACUUCUCAGGCACCUGCCACUUUGAGUCAGCCCUCCACACCCCCUCCCAGGGAGAAGAUCCAUGCUCCAGCCACUCUCCCUCCCCUCACCUUCCCCCACCAUUCUGUGCAUCCUCUUCUAACUCUAAACAUCAGGGAGCGCGGGUCCCCUUUCAAUAAAUUAUGCACAAAUGUGAACGACUGAGACAGGGCUGGAUGUAUCUUCUUUUUUCCUUUUCCGGAUGUCAAUGAUUCUCAUCAAUUACCCUACAUAUUAGCAUCCAAGACAAUAAGGAAUGAACUUGAAAUGUUUUGUUUUCUUAAAGAGUCUAAUUAUCUGCAACUGGAGGGAAGGGACUGACUGGUAAGCUGGUUUGGCCACAGAACAGAAAGCAAGCAAAUAAAAACCUCAUAAAGGGAGGACUGCACUCAGACAUUACCGCUUCCUAGAGCCAAACGACAAAGUCGCUGAACUGGAAGUGCCACGAGCCGUGUUUGUGACGUCCCACAGCCCAGCCCUGGGUGGCGCACGAGCGCACUUGGGGCAAGUCCCAGGCCGGGCCUGGAUGUCUUUUGAAGGACAAAGCUUCACUUUAAUGUAUUGUGCAUAACGUUGUGGGAAAGCAGUCCAGUGUAUUAUGUCCAGUGGGGUCUCUCCCCUCCCUCCGGUCCUAGCUGCGACCCCGACUGUUUCAGAUUAGGUUUUAAGGUGAGAAACGUGUUACUGUGUACGUGUUGAUUGUGCCGUCUGGUGGUGCUCAGCCAUAGCACAAGCUUAAAUCGAGUCCAGAACCGUCGUACAAAGCUAAAUGUCUGCAUGAUGUCACCUCUGUUGUAACUCUGGGGGGAAAUUUCUAUGUAAAUGUACAGAAAUAAAAUGUUGCCCCAUUAACAAACUUCCUCUGGAAUGUCUUCCCUACCUCAUCUGAUGGUAUCCAAUGAAGGACAUUUCACUACCACCAUGAGUAAUAAAAAUGCUCCCUGUUCAUUCAAA